AUGACUGACAAGCUGACGCGUAUUGCGAUUGUCAACAGUGACAAGUGCAAACCGAAGAAAUGCCGUCAAGAGUGCAAGAAGUCGUGCCCUGUGGUCCGCACGGGUAAGCUGUGCAUUGAGGUCGCCCCCGACUCUAAGAUCGCCUUCAUCUCCGAGCGGCUGUGUAUUGGUUGUGGUAUCUGUCCCAAAAAGUGUCCUUUCGGUGCGAUUCACAUCAUCAACUUGCCCACCAACCUGGAGACCCAAGUUACGCACCGUUAUUCGGCCAACAGUUUCAAGCUUCACCGUCUGCCCAUGCCACGUCCCGGCCAGGUCCUGGGUCUUGUCGGAACCAACGGUAUUGGCAAAAGUACGGCAUUGAAGAUUCUUAGCGGCAAAUUGAAGCCCAAUUUGGGCCGCUAUGAAAACCCGCCUGAUUGGGAGGAGAUCCUGAAGUACUUCCGUGGUUCGGAAUUGCAGAACUACUUCACCAAGGUUCUCGAAGACGAUCUGAAGGCUGUUGUGAAGCCUCAGUAUGUCGAUCAGAUCCCGCGAGCCGUGAAGGGGCCUGUCCAGCAGGUGCAGGAGCUCAUCAAGUCGCGUGUGCAAUUGGACAACCUGGAUGAAAUCAUGGACGUUCUCGAGCUGAGGCAGGUUGCGACCCGUGAUAUUAGCCAGCUUUCCGGUGGUGAACUGCAGCGUUUUGCCAUCGGUCUUGUCUGUGUGCAAAAGGCCGACGUGUACAUGUUUGACGAGCCUUCGUCUUAUCUUGAUGUCAAGCAGCGUCUGGCUGCUGCCCGAACUAUCCGAGGUCUUCUACGCCCCGAUGACUAUGUCAUUGUUGUUGAGCACGAUUUGUCUGUUCUGGAUUAUCUUUCUGACUUCAUUUGCGUGCUUUACGGCCGCCCUGCUGUCUAUGGUGUCGUGACUCUACCCUCCUCCGUUCGUGAAGGUAUCAACAUCUUCCUUGACGGUCACAUCCCCACGGAGAACCUUCGAUUCCGAGAGGAGUCUCUUACCUUCCGUCUUACGGAAGCUGGUGAUGACUUUAUCGCGGACAGGGGUCGUGCCUUCAGCUAUCCUUCGAUGGAGAAGACUCUCGGCAACUUCCAUCUCCGAGUCGAUUCCGGAAGGUUCACUGACUCCGAAAUUGUCGUCAUGAUGGGUGAGAAUGGAACGGGAAAGACUACUUUCUGUCGUAUGAUGGCUGGUGCCGAGAAGCCGGACGGCACCGUUUCUGUUCCCAAGAUGAACAUCAGCAUGAAGCCUCAGAAGAUUACCCCCAAGUUCCAGGGCACCGUGCGCCAACUUUUCUUCAAGCGUAUCAAGGCCGCUUUCCUGUCCCCGCAAUUCCAGACUGAUGUCUACAAGCCUCUGCGAAUGGACGAUUUCAUCGACCAGGAAGUUCAGAACCUGUCCGGUGGUGAAUUGCAGCGCGUUGCCAUCGUCUUGGCUCUGGGUAUGCCCGCUGAUAUCUACCUGAUUGACGAGCCCAGUGCCUAUUUGGACUCCGAGCAGCGUAUUGUGGCUGCCCGCGUGAUCAAGCGGUUCAUCAUGCACACUAAGAAGACCGCUUUCAUUGUCGAGCACGAUUUCAUCAUGGCAACCUACCUGGCUGACCGUGUCAUCGUCUUCGAUGGCAAGCCGUCCGUGGAUGCGCGCGCCAACACCCCCGAGUCUCUGAUCACUGGAUGCAACAGGUUCCUCAAGAGCUUGGAUGUCACGUUCCGUCGUGACCCCAACAGCUACCGCCCUCGUAUCAACAAGUACCAGAGUCAGAUGGACCAGGAGCAGAAGUUGAACGGCAACUUCAAGAGAGUUAAAAAGGGCGUUUUUCAUGAGCAUUACCGCCGUCGUCACGAUCGUGAUGACCGCGAUUUCGACCAGCGGCGCAAUGGGCGCCGCGGCAACAGGAAAAUCAUGUGGUUAAUGGCGUUCCCCGGCGUUUUCGGAGCCUCGGCGGUCCAGGGCAAAAGCCGCCGUCGUCGCCGUGGGCUUGGAGCCGGCGACGAGGACAGUUCUUCGGAGGAUGACGAGGACGAGGAUGAUGACUCUGGCGGCGACGACCACCCUGGUUAG